CUAGUGUCUUACACCACUAGCCAAACCAGAGUAAGAAGUCAAUUUAAAGCUCCGGCUUCACGUAGGGAUGCGCCCGCGUCGGCUCCGUUUCGCCCUCGCGCGGCCCGGAAUGUCUUCGCCGGCCGGGGCCCGCAUUGUCGCGGUCCCAGCCCUCGUCCUCCGGGUGGUGCGGCAGGCGCGGCUCGCGCGGGCCGUAGGACCACCGCUCCCGGCGGUCGCGGUUUUCGCGUGUGGUGCUCCGCGGGGAUUUGGGAGACCGCUCCAAUCGAAUGCAGGGCGGCCGGUCCGCGCGCUUCUCGUCCUCACAAUAGUUCUCGUGCAUGAGCCAGAAAUCAUGGGUGUCCACCCAAAGUUCCAUGUCCCGCGACCGGCACAAAUCGGAAUUGCGCCGCUCCUUCGUGCACCACUCGCGGCGCAUUUCGCCGUCGAAGCGGUGCGGGUCCGGCGCCUUUCGCCGCUUCUUCUUCUUCUCGGUCUUGCCCCAGAGGCCCGCUUGCGUGCUGCUCAGGCAGCCGAGGAGGAGCAGAGCCGCGCGCAUGGUUGGCUGUGUCCGAGGGGGCUGCCCUCUCUGGCGGCGCGGCGACGGCGUGCGGUCCUCGCGCGUUUCGGGCGGUGCCGUGUGGACGUAUGCAAGCUCGUAUGGCGUUGCGGGCAGCGCUUGACUGGCUUGGCCGGGUGCCGGCUUUGA